GAUUUGUUUCGUUAAAUCUCACUAUAAAUUGCGAUAAAUUGCACAUUAAAAAGCAGCCAAGAUGAUGUCCGAUUUCUCCGAUGAAGAAUUUGAUAACAUCAGCAAGGCGAAUCACGUAAAAAUGUCCCAGAAAAUGGAAAAAAUGGGAUACUCAGACGGUGUACAUGAUGGUCGUGAGUCUCAAUUCCAGAAAGGAUUCGAUGAUGGUUUUGAGCAGGGAUUCAAAAAUGGUUUUCUAUUGGGCAAAUAUAAAGGAAGUGUUUCAAAUCCAAUGGCAGCAAAAAGUACCAAUUCAAAUGUUCAAAAUGAUCUAAUUUUGCAACGACCCUUCCGCGGCCAGUGCACUCUAUGCACGGAUCCAUCUCAGAAGGAUAAUAGUAUUAGCGAUAUUGUUAACAAGCAAACGGAGCACAUGAAAAGAAUAGAAUCAACGCUGGGGUCAAGAUAUGGUUCCAAGCAGUUUCGAUACCCAAAGAUUCAAUAAUGUGAUUCAAGGAAGAAACAAGACCGCAGAUCGUCGCUUCGCUCCGCUCCGCGUUCUUGAAGCUUGUAAAUUCAAGGAGUUUAAUUAAUUUGAUGUUUCACAUCAAAAUAUUAUCGUAAGCACUACAUGGAAUGUAGAUUUAAUGUUAGUAUACUUUUUGUUCAACGGACGUAAUAUUUUCUGAAGACGACAAAGUUAACUGGGUGAUGUUGGAAAUGUCUGUUUCACAAGUUUUUGUUAUAAAUCAUUAUAAUAUUGUUAACAAUAAUUUAAAAAAAUUAUAUGAUAAAAUUGUAUUCUUCAAUUAUUGUUUUAAUGUACGUUCAAUGUGAACGGUCAUCAUACAAUAUUUCACAUUGGCAACGAAAAAUGUUUCAAAUUUUUUUUUGAGCUAUCUCAUAAUUGAAUUACGUUUACAUGAUAUUAUUUCAUUUUUGCAAUUAGGCGUAAUUGUUUCAUUUGAAAUAAAAAAUAUGGAUAUUAAAAUGAAUCAACUAAACUAAAAAAUCGUUUACGGUCCAAAAAAUGGCCUGAAUAGUCUUAAAAAUUUCUCGUAAAAAAAAUCACUACAGUAGCCUACAUUCCAUGUGGUGCUAAAAUGACGCAAAGAAAUAAAUAAAAACAAUUGUUUCCACUUUUUAUAUUAAGUAUAAGAA